UAUUCAUUUUUAAUUCUAAAACGAAAAACUAUAUAAGAUAAAGGUUAAUUAAAAUGUCUUCGAAAAAUAAAAAAUAAGACUUACUUUCACAUAUUUAUGUUAAACUCAAAUUAUAUCGCAUUACUGAUAUGUAUUUCGUUUUAAUGAAAAACUGCACUGCCCUCGUAUUAAACAUUUAUGUUAGUUUCAAUCAGAAACAUUAAAAUUUGCUAUGAAUGUAAACAAAAUUUGUAAAAAUAUACGAUCAAACCAUAUAUCAGCAAAUUGUUAACAUAAAUCUUGUAAUAAGAAAAAAUUGUUAAUAUUCAUAUAUUAUAUUCUUGAUAUGUAAAAAAAGAUUUCUCAAUGAUGAGAUUCGUAAUGUCAAGUAGAAGAAAAGUUGCUAGUUUUGUGAAAUAAAUAUACUUAUUAAAAAUGUUAACAUUGGCAUUUACCAAAAUUUGUAUUCGUCUUCAACGAAAUCGAAAUGAAACAAAUAUAUAUCGAUCGUUUUCAUUAAGUCGUUUUAUUUUUUUAAACGAACAAAAAAAGAAAGAAAUAGAAAUAAAACAAAAAGAAUUAAUGGCACGUGGUCUUCCAAAAGUGAAACCUUUAAAAGGUGUUAAACAAAUCGUUGUUGUAGCAUCUGGAAAAGGUGGAGUUGGCAAAUCAACAAUUGCUGUAAAUUUAUCAAUCGCUUUAAAAACUGUCGAACCACAAAAAUCUGUUGGUUUACUCGAUGCUGAUGUAUUUGGUCCUUCUGUGCCGUUAAUGAUGAAUAUACGACAAAGUCCUAUGAUUAAUAAUGCAAAUCUUAUAGAACCUCUUGUAAAUUAUGGUGUAAAAUGCAUGUCUAUGGGCUUUUUAAUUGAUAAUAAGUCUUCUGUAAUUUGGAGAGGAUUAAUGGUAAUGAAUGCUAUUGAUAAGUUAUUACAUCAAGUAGCAUGGGGUCCGUUGGAUUAUCUUGUCGUAGAUACCCCACCCGGAACAGGAGACACACAUCUUUCAAUUGUACAAAAUCUUCCAGUUGCUGGUGUAUUAUUAAUAACUACACCUCAAACAACAGCUUUAGAAGUGACUAGAAGAGGAGCUAACAUGUUCAAACAUCUAAAUAUUCCAAUUAUUGGAAUUGUGGAAAAUAUGAGCAGUGUUAUAUGCCCACAAUGUAAUAAUGAAAUAAUUCUUUAUAAUGAUGGAACUCGAAUGAUUGCAGAAGAACUUGGUGUGCAAAUUUUACAAACUUUUCCUUUAUCAGAAGCUAUUAUGAAUAGUUGUAAUAGUGGUAAACCAAUUAUAUUAUCUGCACCAAAAAGUAUACAAACUGAUAUGUAUAAACAUUUGGCAGAACAUAUGACUUCAUAGUUAAUUUAUGCCUUUUGAAAAAUCUAAAAUGAAUAUUGAAAGUUCUAUUAGCAUUCAUUCCGAUACAAAUGCAGAAAUUUAUGACAUCCCAAUGAAUGUACUUAUUCGACCUAUUCCUCCAAUUAUUAAUGAAGAAAAGGUUCAAAGUUUAAUAAAUAC